AUGACAAAGAUAGAGUGGUACCAUACAAGAUUUGGGCCCUCAUCAUUGAAUUCCAUGGUCUCUACGGUACCGUCUCUUGAUGCAAGUGUUUCCAAUCCAGUUAGCCCUCAACUAAGCAAACGCCACUGUCAUUUUUCUGGUACAGUGCACAUGUACCCAUCAAACCAACGUGAAAUUAUAGAGGUCAUGCCGAUGGAAGAUGAAGUGAUGAGUGAAGUGGCUGCUCUACCUCGUCGUGUUCUUCUUGUAUCAGCUGGAGCCAGCCACAGUGUAGCACUUCUGAGUGGAAAUGUUGUUUGCUCGUGGGGACGAGGAGAGGAUGGACAGUUAGGCCAUGGUGACACUGAUGAUCGACUAUUGCCCACAAAACUCAGUGCAUUGGAUAGUCAAGACAUAAUAUGUGUUACUUGUGGAGCUGAUCAUACUAUGGCACGUUCUGAGUCUGGCAGGAACAUCGUACUAUGGCUUUCCAGGGGUGACUUUGGUAGGUUGGGUCAUGGUGACCAUAGUGACAUGUUCAUUCCUCAUCCCAUUAGAGCAUUACAAGGUCUAAUGAUCCAACAAAUUGCUUGUGGGGACAGUCAUUGUUUGGCAGUUACCACGGACAGCCUGGUGCUGAGUUGGGGGCAUAAUCAAAAUGGUGAACUUGGACUUGGUACCACAGAGGACUCUCUUCUGCCACAAAAAGUUCAAAAAUUUGAGGGAAUACCUAUCAAAAUGGUUGCUGCUGGUGCUGAACAUAGUGUAGCAAUCACUGAAGACGGGAAUUUGUAUGGAUGGGGUUGGGGCCGUUAUGGAAACUUGGGUUUGGGUGACAGAAAUGAUCGUUUGCUCCCUGAGAAAGUGACUGUUGAUGGUUACAAAAUAACCCAGGUUGCUUGUGGCUGGCGGCAUACAAUAUGUGUUUCAUCUUCUGGUGGAUUAUACACAUAUGGAUGGGGCAAAUAUGGUCAGCUAGGACAUGGGGAUUUUGAGGAUCAUCUUGUACCUUGCAAGGUUGAAGCUUUGAGUGAUAAGUUCAUCUCGCAGGUAUCAGGUGGGUGGAGGCAUAGUAUGGCACUCACAUCUAGUGGACAACUUUUAGGCUGGGGAUGGAAUAAGUUUGGACAGAUUGGAGUUGGCAACAAUUUAGAUUGUUCCUCUCCCGUGCAAGUGAACUUUCCCUAUGAUCAGAAAGUACAUCAGAUUUCAUGUGGGUGGAGACACACGAUUGCUGUUACUGAACGUGAAGAUGUAUACUCAUGGGGACGAGGAGCAAAUGGACAACUUGGGAAUGGACAAACCAUAGACCGAAAUGUUCCAACCAUUAUUGAUGCCUUCAGUGUUGAUGGAUCUCCUGGUCAGUACAUAGAAACCUCAAAACCUUCUCCAUCAUCAGGGAAGUCAUCAUCCUUCAUAUCAGACAGAUAUGCAAUUGUUCCAGAUAAAACUGCCUCGAGUUCAGAAAGGGAAUAUGAGCAUGAAACCAGUGUCCCUGAAAGUGAUGCCCGUAGAAAUUAA